CUUUGUAGACCUCAAUCUUUCGCCGGAAACGCCGAGGCUCGCGCAUGGCGGCGCGAUUGACUCUCUCCUCUCUCUCUCUCUUGCCUCCAUUUUCGCCUCUGGUGAAGCUCCGAUCUGCAUAUUCCGCUUCAAUUUCUAGACCCUUUUCCUGCUUAUGAGAGCUGAUUUGUGAACAUCCCAAGAGUCUAAUAAACAUUGAUUGGAAACAAAGCCCUCAAUGACUUCGUUGCAAUAAUGGAAAGGGAAAAUUCAAAGAAUUGGUUGUUAUGCAGAGCAAGUGGUUCCGGGAUUGGCUUAUCUCAGAUGGAGGAUCAUACAUUUGUUGUAGGUCAAGAGUUUCCUGAUGUCAGGGCAUUUCGAAAUGCAAUUAAAGAAGCUGCUAUAGCUCAACACUUUGAGCUACGAAUAAUCAAGAGUGACUUGGUACGUUAUUUUGCAAAAUGUGCCAAAGAGGGUUGUCCGUGGCGAAUUCGUGCUGUUAAGCUUCCUAAUUCUCCAAUCUUCACAAUUAGAAGCCUUGAAGGGACACAUACCUGUGGGCAAAACGCCCAAAAUGGACAUCAUCAGGCUUCCAUAGAUUGGAUAGUUAGUUUCAUAGAGGAACGGUUGCGGAACAACAUUAAUUACAAACCAAAGGAUAUAUUGCAUGACAUCCAUAAGCAAUACGGCAUCACUAUACCAUAUAAGCAAGCGUGGCGUGCAAAGGAACGAGGCCUUGCCACAAUUUUUGGUUCUUCUGAAGAAGGUUAUGGUCUUCUUCCAUCGUACUGUGAACAAAUUAGGAAAGCGAAUCCUGGGAGUUUUGCCGAAGUCUUUACCACUGGUUCAGAUAAUCACUUUCAACGACUCUUUGUUUCAUUUCAUGCAUCCAUACAUGGGUUUCUUAAUGGUUGCUUCCCUGUGAUCAGCCUUGGCGGAAUCCAGCUUAAAAGCAAAUACCUAGGUACUUUACUAUCAGCUAUUUCUUACGACGCUGAUGGUGGGAUGUUUCCACUUGCUUUUGGUGUAGUCGAUGCUGAAAAUGAGGAAAGCUGGAUGUGGUUUUUGUCAGAGUUACAUAAGGCACUCGAGAUGAACACUUGGAACAAACUUCACCCCACAUUUUUAUCAGAUGGUCAAAAAGGAAUUCUGGAUGCCCUGAGAAGGAAAUUCCCAAAUUCUUCACAUGCAUUAUGCAUGCGCUACUUAAGUGAAAGUAUUGGAAAAGAGUUCAAAAACUCGAGGCUCGUUAGUCUUAUUUGGAAAGCGGCAUAUGCCACAACUACUAUUGCUUUCAAAGAGAGAAUGUCGGAUAUAGAAGAGGUUUCACCUGAAGCUGCAAAAUGGAUACAGCAAUUUCCUCCCUCUCAUUGGGCAUUAGUUUAUUUUGAAGGACCUCGAUAUGGACAUCUUUCUUCAAAUCUAGAUGAGUUCACUAAAUGGAUUCUUGAGGCACGAGAGCUGCCAAUCAUCCAGGUGAUUGAGCGGAUUCAUAGUAAACUAAUGGCCGAGUUUGAAGAGCGGCGUGCUAGGAGUACAUCAUGGUUUUCUUUUCUGACUCCAUCAGCUGAGAAACGAAUAGUGGAAGCAAUUAACCUUGCCUCGUCAUAUCAAGUUCUUCGAUCAGAUGAGGUAGAGUUUGAGGUUUUAUCAGCUGAUAGAUCAUAUAUAGUCGAUAUCGGAAAACGAUGUUGCCCCUGUCGUGAUUGGCAGCUUUAUGGAAUACCUUGCUCUCAUGCUGUUGCAGCCAUUGCCUCAUGUAGAAAAGACGUCUAUGCCUUUACCGAGAAGUGUUUUACAGUUUCUGGUUACAGGGAAACAUAUGCGAAAGUUAUAUACCCCAUUCCCAGAAAACUUGAAUGGAAAAAACCUGAUGAAACUCCUAUGCAUGAUGAUACACAAAUUGUUCGACCACCUAAGUUUCGUCGACCGCCAGGACGACCUGAAAAAAAGAGGAUUUGUGUAGAGGACCUGAAUCGAGAAAAACAUACCGUGCAUUGUAGUCAAUGUAAUCAAACAGGACACUACAAAACUACCUGCAAGGCAGAGCUCAUGAAGAGCAUUGAACAGUUCUAGAAGUCAAAUUUUGUACAUGGCUUAUGUUGUGAAGUGGACAGUAUUUCUUUUCUAGAUAGUAGUUGGCUUUAGAUUUGUGUAAAGUAGGAAAGCUUCCUAAUCUUUACUGUAUAUGGAGACUGAGUGGUUAUGUGAGGAAGGUUAAUUAUGCUGCAAUAUCAGGUGUUCCAUUUCCACUA